GUGGAUAAGGAUUUUUUGCAAUCCGAGAACUCGCCUUCUGCUAUCACAACCUUCUUCCUUCAAUGGCGUCUUCUUCUCUAUCAACUCUCUGCAGCUCCGCUUCGUCUUCUCUUCAUCCCAAAUCAAAUUCUCUUUCUGCUAAGUUAUCCUCCAAAGCAAAUGUAUCAGUCCAGUUUCUGGGAAAGAGGCAGCCCCCACUUCUCUCCUCAACCCCGAGAUUUCUCACCGUCAUCGCCAUGGCUCCACCCAAACCUGGAGGCAAAGCCAAGAAAGUUGUGGGGCUUAUAAAACUGGCUCUUGAGGCCGGGAAAGCAACUCCGGCUCCUCCGGUAGGUCCGGCCCUUGGUUCGAAGGGAGUCAACAUUAUGGCUUUCUGCAAGGAUUACAAUGCUAGAACCGCUGAUAAAGCUGGUUACAUCAUUCCUGUCGAAAUCACCGUCUUCGAUGAUAAGAGCUUCACCUUUAUCCUCAAGACCCCGCCUGCUUCGGUUCUGUUGCUAAAGGCUGCAGGUGUUGAGAAGGGAUCGAAAGACCCAAAGCAAGAUAAAGUUGGGGUGAUAACAAUAGACCAGCUUCGCACAAUCGCAGCAGAGAAGCUGCCCGAUCUGAACUGCACGACCAUUGAAUCCGCUAUGAGAAUCAUUGCAGGAACUGCAGCGAACAUGGGGAUCGACAUAGACCCUCCAGUUCUUGAACCCAAAAAGAAAGCUGUUUUGUUGUAAAACCCUGCACUGUAGUUUCUGUGCUUUAUUUGUUUCUAAAUGUAAUUUCCAACAAAGACACUUGAGAGUUAUCCAUAUAAACAUUAUCUUGCGUGAUAUCAGAGACGUGACAUGUGUAUGUGUCUUAUAUUAUGCUGAUGUUCCUGCAA